GGCGUGUCCUUACCGUAUGUGAGGAAGUACAGUACUGACAUUUACUGCACUUUACACAGUCAGGUUGGAUUAUAUGUAUAGUGUUCAAACUAAAUUUAUCACCCGACUCUAACUUUACACACGCUUAAUAUCGGCGGUCAUUAUGGCGGUGUUUGACAACUGUAACGUGCUGUUAGAUGUGAAGACUUUGCCUUUUAAAGAGAAGAAGAAGCUGAGGUCAGCUCUUCUGGAUAAUGGAGGAAACAUCACUUAUGUGGUCAACAAACAGUGCUCUUUUGUGGUGACCAGCAGUGUGGAUGAUCUGAGCAGUAACAGACAGAAGAGCAUUCACAAGCUUCAGAUCCCUGUGGUUGGGAUGCAGUAUGUAUGGAGUUGUCUGGAUAAAGGUCAUCUCCUGCCUUUUGCAGAGCAUGUUUUAACCCCACAGCUGACAGACCCCAGUUCUCAACACAGCUCCCUACGUAAUCCAGAGUUAAAAGUGUUGACUCAGAUACCAGUAAAAGGGAGCGUCAUAAGUCAAACUCGGACCGAGAUUCUUGAGAAGGGUGGACCCCAUCCCGAGAAGUUUAGAAUUUACAAAGGUGAUCAUGAUCUGCCUGAAUUUCCUUCACAUUUUCAAGUGGCCAAGUAUUCUUUUUUUAAGAAGAAUAACUCAAAGACUUUAUCAGUUUUGGAGCUACAGAGUGCCAAAGGAAGAGCUGGUCAACAGUAUCGCGUCUUAUGUUCAAUCAUGCAUGAAUCAGAGAAGAAAGUGGUAUGGGACAAGCUUGUGUACUGCAGCACCUCUGAAGAUGCUCUGGAAGCGUAUGUGAUGCUGAUGAAAGAAGAGAAAGAUAAAGGAUUCACACAGAUUUUUACACUUCCCCCUGAUGCUGAGCGCUUGGCAUCCUACAGCUUAAAACAGCUUCUUUUGGAGGAGAAGCUGAACUGCAGCACACUAUCACAGGAAGUGGGCGUCUUCGUGGAGCUGGUUUGGACCGAAGCUCUUGGUUCCCUUAGUAAAAUCCUCACGGUCCCUGUUUCCAGGAUCAGCCUUAAUGAUGUGAGCAGGGUGGAGGGAUUGCUGCUGCAGGCACAAAAGACUCAAGAUGAGGAGAAAGUCAAGACCCUGCUAGAGGAGGUCAACACUCUUCUACCCCUUCAAAUAGCCGACCCUCCUUCCAAACACAAGCUUGUGUCUCAGAAACUAGACCUUUGUCAGCUGAUCAGAGAUAUUCUGAAUGUGAGUGAGGCCACUAUGAGAAGCCCCUUGCCCUCCUCUUUGGGAAAGUAUCGUGCCCUGAGGUGCAGCAUUGAUGUGGUCCCAUCAGAAAACCCUGAGUUUAAUGUUAUCUCUCAAAUGCUUCAAGACAAGCCUAUUCAGAUUAGGCAGAUUUUACGUGUAAGCAGGGGGGUGGAGCUUCAGAUGUUUAGGGAGGAGCUUGGCAACAUUAAGCCCCUCCUCCACUCGACUGGCACCAACAGUUUUGUUGGAAUACUUUCACGAGGUUUGCUGCUGCCCAGGGUCGGGGUGGAACAACACGGAAUUGAGAGGACAGAUAUCGGGAAUCUUGGAGGAGGCAUCUACUUCAGUGAUUCUCUGAUGACUAGUGUGAAAUACUCCAAGCCCAGCGUAGCCGAUGGCUCUCGACUGCUGUUGGUGUGUGACGUGGCUCUGGGCCAGUGCAAGAACCUGCUGAAAAGAGACACCACUUUGACCUGCGCCCCCGAGGGCUAUCACAGUGUACAUGGAGUCCGCCGAACUCCAAAAACUACCUCAGAGUUUCAGGAUGAUGAGUAUGUUGUAUAUAACACAGAUCAGAUCAAACUCAAGUAUGUAGUGCAGUACACUUUAGAGGAGGACCAGCUGACAGAGUUUCACCCUCAAAUCAACACUUCUGAGGAGCUCGCACAGCCCACCGAAAUAAUCUUGCCCAUUGAUGACAGUGAAGGUCUGGAGUGCACUAAGAAUCCUCUAGAGGAGAUGACCGCAGGUCUCCUGGACAGCAGUGGCAAGACACUUCCUCUGAAGGCUGUCCAUGUGAGGUGCAAAUUAAUGGACUUGCUUUGUCAGGUCAUCAUUUUUCAGACUUACACAAACCAGAGUGAAGUUCCCAUUGAAGCGAAAUAUGUCUUUCCACUGGAGGAAACGGCAGCGGUGUGUGGAUUUGAGGCUUUUAUCAAUGGAAAGCAUGUCAUUGGAAAGGUAAAGGAAAAAGAACAGGCUCGUAAAGAAUACAGACAAGCAAUAGAGAAGGGCCAUGGAGCGUAUCUAAUGGACCAGGAUGCACCUGAUGUAUUUACUAUCAGCGUUGGGAACCUUCCUCCAGGAGCCACAGUUUUGAUCAAGGUGACCUUCAUCACUGAGCUGGUUGUGAGAGGAGGCUCCAUCAUCUUCUCUCUGCCCGGCAGUGUAGCACCGUGGCAGCAGAGCGCCGCUCUCAAUCAGAAAACUCAGGGAACUGUUGAGAAGAUCUCUGUGACAGAGCUUCAGUCAGAGGGGGAGUUCUCUCUGUGUAUGUCCAUUGAAAUGCCUUAUGAGAUCAUCAACUUAGAGUCUUCACACCUCAUCAAAAUCAAGAGGACAGACUGUAGGGCUGUGAUCAGUACUUUGCCAGGACAAACUCUUGGAUCUGAUGGGCUCCAGGUGACCUUCAGUCUUUCUAAGAUCCACAUGCCCAGAAUGUGGGUGGAGAAACAUCCAGACAAAGAGAGUCAGGCCUGCAUGUUGGUGUUUUAUCCAGACUUUAAGUCCAACUCUGAAGGUCCAUCCAGUGUGAGUGAUGUCAUCAUCCUGUUGGACACCUCAGAGUCAAUGCGGGGAGACGCCAUACUAAACGCUCGCAGGAUUGCUCUUCAAGUCCUUAACUCUUUAGACCGCUCACUAAAGAUCAACAUCAUCUCUUUUGGCACUGAUUACAAGGAAGCGUUUCCUGCACCAGUGCUCUUAGAUGAAACCUUUGAAUCAGCCAGAAAAUUCAUUAUGUCGUGUAAUGAAACGGGUGGCAGCACUGAGUUGUGGAGGCCUCUCCGUAGCCUGAGCCUGAUACCUCCAUCACAUGGCAUGAGAAACAUCCUGCUGAUCUCUGAUGGACACGUACAGAACCAGGCGCUGACUCUUCAGCUGGUCCGAGAAAACUCCUGCCACACACGAGUCUUCACCUGCGGCCUCAGCCUGACAGCUAAUCGUCAUAUGCUCAGAGCUUUGGCUCAAGCAGGCGGUGGGACGUAUGAAUUUUUCGACACAAAGAUGAAACACACAUGGACAGAGAAGGUGCGUGCUCAGGUUCAGCGGGUGGAGUCUCCCGGCUGCAGAUCAGUGGCUGUGAAAUGGCAGCAAUUUAAUCCCACAGCGCCCCCUCCUGUUCAGGCCCCCUCACAGCUUCACGCUCUCUUCAGUGACUGUCAUACACUCGUGUACGGCUUUGUGCCACACUGUACUCAGGCCAUGCUGUUUGGUGAUCUGAGUGGACAGGAGAUAAAAACAAUGGUGUCAACCACAGAACUUCAAAAGACAAAAGGAACUUUCCUUCACAAGUUAACAGCCAGAGCGAUCAUCAGAGAUUAUGAAGAUGGCAUACUUGGAAACAGUGAGGCAGAACAUGAGGGAAAGAAAGCAGAGCUGAAGUCUUACAUCACUGAACUCAGUAAAGAGUUCUCCGUCUUGUCUCAGUUCACCAGCUUUGUGGCCAUUGAAGAGAGGGAUCAGAAUCAGCUUGACACUGGAUUCACAGAUAUUCCUAAACUAAUCGCAGAAGAGGAUGUGGAUAUUCUGCCUUAUUUGGGCUGGACUGAGGAGAAGCAGACUAAAGAGGUAGAUAUUGAGAAGAGCCUCACUGACAAGUCCUAUUUGAACUGUGUUCUUUUUGAGGAACUGUGCGAUUACAGGUCAUAUGAAAGUGAAGAGUUUGACACAUAUUGUGGUAUUAUGUCAAGAUCCGACUCAAGCGAUUAUGAAGGUUCUCCCCAGGAAUUCAUUUCUUCGCCACUCGGGGAAGGCGGUAUAUAUCAAAGUCUCUCACACUCAGCGGAUGUCUAUGAAGACAUAGCAAAAAGAAAUGUAAUUGAUGACUCUGUUCUCUUAAUGGAGAAAAAGAGUUCCCGUAUUACCCGUCAAGGAGACUACCCGUCCUCUCUGCAUCCCCCACCUCAUCUUCUUCUGGAUGCCCCAUUUUCUGUGUGUGAAAAUGCCAGAAGAACUGUGCCAAACUCCAUGAAUCUUUAUGCUUUACCUCAGGAUCCAGUCUUUGGGGCUUCUCUUUCAUCUUUUGAUGUUGGGGCUUCUCCUCCAGCUCCUCUCGCAGCGGCUUCUCCACCAGUUUGUUAUGCUGCCACUUCUCCUCUGCCUCCUCCAUUUGGGGUUUCUCCUCCAGCUCGUCUUGCUAAGGCUUCUCCUCUAGCUUCUUCUUCACCUCCUCAAUUUGGUGCUUCACCUCCAGCUCCUUCUUUUGGAACUUCUUCUCCUCCAGUUUCUCUUGCUAGGGCUUUUCCUCCAGCUCAUCUUGCUAAGGCUUCCCUUCCAGUUAUUUAUAGUGGGGCUUCUCUUCCGCCUCCUCAAUUUGGGGCUUCACCUCCAGCUCCUUCUUUAGGAGGUCCUCUUCUGGCUUCUCUUGCAAGGGCUUUUCCUCCAGCUCCUCUGCUUGCGGAUUCUCCACCAUCUUCUUUCAUUGGGGCAUCUCCUCCGGUUGGUGCAAGGAGAGAUUUUUCCCUAAAAGAAAGGCCCCUUCCUCCACCUCCUACCAUUCGUUCUGCUGCUUCUCUUCCUCCUCCUCCUCCACCACCUCAUUCCUUUCGAUCAGUACCAUGUUACAGGAAAAUGUCAGCUGCUGUCUCUGAACAGCCAUGGGAUUUAUCAAGCCCUGAAAUCAGACCUUCAUCGGAGAGAUGCUUAAGAAAAAGCAUCAUCUCUUCUGCACCCGCUUCAGGCAGAGCUAUUAAAUUAAAAUCAGCACUCCCUAUAGAAAGAUUAAUGUUAAUGUCAUUCAUGCAAGUAAGACGAAGAUCAUUUGAGGACACAGUGGCCUGGGAUGAGCUGUUUCAGCUUCAACAUGAGGAUGGAUACUGGGAAUGCACUGGGAGUCUGAGUAGCUUCCUCAAACUGGACGUAGACUUCUUUGCCAAUGUCUUCCUUAAAGAGAAAGGCAUUUGUUCACUGGGUGCAAAGGCUCAUGCAGAUAUUUUGAGACUGGUGGCCACUCUGUUGGUACUGCAGCUGAUUCGAGUAAAGAAGUCAGCCGAGGGGAAGCUGCUUCAGUCUCUCUUCUCUCUGAAAGACUCUGAGGGUCCCAGGCCAAUGCACUGGGAGGCUGUGAAGAAAGCAGUGGACUGGGCUUGCUGGGCAGAUAAACAAUAUCCAUGUGUGUGCAGCAGACUGGAGUUCGGCUGGGAUUGGGAAUCAUCCACACGCCAGUUACUGGGCUGUGAUUCACCACUUCCAUACUCUCCACUCAUAUCUGUUCUGGAAAGGCGUGUGGGCUUUUAGUAACUGGACCUGGACUUUUCGUUUAUAUUUGUUGUUGAACUGUAAUGAAAUGUAAACUCUGUAGUGGUGUCUGCCACAUGUUUAUAAUUUCAUAGUGCCUAAAAACAUAUUAAAGCAUAGUUUUACACUUUAACACACCAUAAUUUCAAUUGCAUAUGACUUCUGUGUAACACAAAAGGAUAUAAUGUGGCCUGUACUUUUCCAUGCAUUUAAAAUAAAUGAUAACUGGAGCUUUAAGGCUCUAGAACUAUAAAAGUAAAAUGUUGUGAAGUCAUAUCAUGGGUUUGUGUGUGGAACUGUCAGGUUCCUAGUCUGUUUUAUUAUCUGUUAUCCCCAUCAGUACAACAUUUCUUAUUAUCCUCCUCACCUAAACUGUGUUUGUAAUUAUUUUCACCUGUUACCAUUUACCAUGAUGAUCUCCAUUGUAUACUAAGGCCGUGUAUACAUGCACAAGGUUAUUUUGAAAAACAGACAUUUCCCUUCAUUUACGGAGAAUUUGCGCCACUGAAACCGAUUCUGAUUGGCUUAAGUGGGCUUGAGCUUCUCAUUACACCGCCACCUAGAGGUUUAGCAUGCUCUUGACGGCAUAUAUACACGGUUAUGUGUCAAUGAACACUUUUCUGAAAACUGACAUGUGUGCACAAAGUUAUUUUUGAAACUGGAGGUUGAAAGUGUAAACGUAGUGUUAUACUCUGUCUGUUUUAUCUUUGGUGGUCUGAUGUAUAUACCAUCCAUAUGUCAUUAAUGUUGUAUGCGGUGUUUUUUUUUUUUUUUUGCCAUCAGUCUGUUAUUGUUUUAUGUUUAUUAAAGUUUAUUAAUAAUCGUAUUUCUACAUGUCUCAUCGUCUUCCUCCGAGCCAUAAUGUGACAGGAACAGAAUUUAAUUAAUUUUACAGAAUACCUUGACCUCUACUUAACUUCCAAUGUCAUUUGUGCUGUGUUCAGUUUUGUACUUUCAAACAUUUCAUGCCGUGAUUGGUUAUGAAACAAGCUUGUAUGUACAAAUGAUGUUUAACAUUAUUGAUGUCAAACCUUGAGUAACACCUCAUGAAUUUGUAUAAACAUGAAUGAAAACAA